UAUUAAAAAAAUUGAUUUUUUUUCAACUUUACCACCCUGUAGGUAUCUCAAAAAUUACAACGUUUACGACAUACGUUCCUAGGAAGUUUUUUUCUAAGAAUCACCCCCUUAAAUAUUAGCAUGUCUUUAAGGAACACCCUGUAUACAUUUUCCUACGUAUCUAAACAAUUGUGACUGAUUAUCUACUUUUUGUAUAAACAUUUAUAAACGGGUUUUUUCCAAAAGUGGUAGGUAAACAGUGAGUGAAUUUAUUUUUCACAUAAAGUUACUACCUAUACUAGGCCACCAAAUGGGGCUAAAAUGCAACAUACGCAUUCCAUCGAUUAUGGUGUUAUGUGGAACCCAUGCGCAAUAAACUUAAUUUUUGACCUAACGAUACCCUUGGAAUAAAUCACUGCCAUUGAAUCGUUAUCAAAGGUACGUUUUAUCACACUGGAUAAGUAUCUCCACAUUUUUCCGCGAUUAUCAUUUGAUAGAAAAAUGGAGCGUGAAAAGCAAUGCUUAGAAGACGCUAUUGCACCUCCACGAGUCAUCGGUGCUCGGCAUCUCCAAGUGGCAUUGCUCUUCUUGGUAGUGAAUGUGUCAUAUUUGAUGAGGAGCAACAUGUCCGUCGCCAUAGUCGCGAUGACCGACCCGGACACCAGUCCAAACCCUGACGUUCCGACUUACGAGUGGAACGACAAAAGCAUAAUCCUCACGGCGUUCUACGUGGGUUACAUCAUCCCGCAGGUUACAGCGGGGCAGCUUGCGAAAAACUACGGGCCCAAGUGGAUCCUAACAGCGGCCGUACUUGCCGGUUCCUUGCUGACGAUUUUGACCCCGCUCGUUGCAGAUUUGGGGUCUUGGCCGGUGUCAGUGUCGCGCGUGCUUCAGGGAGUAACUCAGGGAUUUAUUUUUCCAUCGUGCCACACGUUACUUUCGAAAUGGGUCCCCCCGUGUGAAAGGGCUCGUUUGUGCGCUUUCGUGUACGCAGGUAUCCCCGUCGGUACGGCACUUACAAUGACGCUCACUGGGUUCCUAUCGGCAACGUGGAUGGGGUGGCCUUCCGCGUUUUACAUCUUUGGAGCGGUCGGCUUGAUCUGGACGCUAACUUGGGUUGUACUGGGAAGGAAUAGUCCCGCCGCACAUGGCGGGAUGGACUAUCGCGAAAAAUUGUACAUUGAAAAAUCGCUGGGGCAAGUAGUUCGCACAGAGGCAGCCGCAACGCCUUGGAAGGCGAUCCUCACGUCUGCGCCGGUUUGGGCCUUGACCGCAGCCUAUUUCGCCCACGGUUGGGGCUUUUCGACGUUGAACACGAACGUGCCGAGCUACAUGGCGAAAGUGCUCAACUUUAAUAUCGCAGGCAGUGGAAUUUUAUCAGCCGCCCCUUACUUGCUCUUCUGGCUGGUUAGUAUUAUAGUCAGCGCGAUAACUGACUUUGUCAUCACUCGCAAGUACGUGACGGUAGGAACCGCUAGAAAGGUUGCGAAUAGUAUUGGUCUCUACGUCCCCGCCGUCGCUUUAAUAGUGCUCGGUUUGAUUAGCGACUCCAAAUCCGAUAUUACCAUCGUAACGCUCGUUCUUCUGUUCAUCGCCAUCGCAAUCAACGGCAGCGCCUACAGCGGCUACCGCGUCAACCACAUGGACCUCUCACUCGCACACGCGGGCGUCCUUAUGGGAAUCACCAACACGAUUGCGAGCAUAUCAUCAAUCAUAGCACCUCUUUUGCUACACUUCAUCGUAACCAAUGAGAAUGAUCCCCUGCAAUGGGCCACGAUCUUUUACAUAGCCGCCCCCAUCUACAUUGUGGGAAAUACAAUUUUCUUAAUCUUCGGAUCGGGCGAAACGCAACCAUGGAACGGACCAUAAUCUACAUACUUGUACCAUUGGUUUAAUUCGACGAUUUGAUCAAGAUCAAUUUUUAAGCAAGCAUUGUGGACUAUUAAACGAGCUUUAUGCUUCAUUACCAACAAA